UGUUCGUAUUAAUUUUUGCUAUUAAUUAUAUUAUGCAGCGUUACAUAAAGUUUCAAAUGUAAGUGGGUACUAAAUACUUAGGUACUGUGCGCGCGGGGCGUUGCCGGCUAACUCCUACCUAUACUAUGGGUUUAAUGAGUUUUUCUGCGAAUUGGCAGCGCCCAAAUUCUUUACCUUAUUGUUGCGGGAAAGCAACUUACAAUCAGAUUACCUGUAAUUUUGGGUAGUUGUUACAUUAUAAUUAUAAUAUUAUCUAGAAAAUAUUUUUUGCAAAGUACAUUUAAAUUUUAAAGUCGGUACAUACAUCCUUACCAACGGUAGGUCUGUAACCUACCUAUUAUUACCGUAUUUUUUCUAGAAUCAAAGUUUUAAUUUUUUGAUUAUAAUUAUAUUGUUGCUACUUACUUUUGAAGCUCACUUUUAUUUUUUCCAUUAUUUUCUACUAAAUUUUGCACAACGAAAAUGCAUCUUGGUUAAAUAAAAAAUUAGCCAAGGUCAAAAUUUUCGAACGAUUAUUUUAAUAAAUAUUGUGAAACAAUUAUUUCUAACUUGUAGUUUGUGUAAUAUUAAAAAGUUACCACAACUACCUACUCAUUGGUGCUAUGCAGAUAAAAGUAAAAACAAAUCUAUGUAGGUAUUGAUAAUGUUUUGUAUCGAAUUGCUUUCAUUGUGCAAUAUUUAUGAAAUUUAUUUACAAACAUGAAAACAAGUAUUUCAUAAGUGUUCUAUUACUUUGGCAACAAGUAAUUCGAUAAAUAAAGUGUAUAAUAAUAUUAUUGGCGUGCAUGUAAAAUAAAGAAAAAUGUUCGAGUAAAUUGUACCCACUUUCAUUAUUUUUUGUGAAUGUUAAAAAUACGCUAUAAACUGCUUUGUCAUUAGAUAUAAGUCCUACUAUCUGCCUCCGCUUUUUAAGUAAAUCUGUGAUGUGAUAAUUCUUGCAAGCUUUUAUUUUUUACUAACUUGUCCUAAUUUUACUAACCAUGCCUAAGUUCUUGAAAACUUUCAAUAACUUUAAAAACUGUUUCUCUUGUUGUGCGCUUAAAUUGGCUAAAUUAUUUACGAAGGGACCUUUAUAUUUCGCAAUCUUUUCUUAUGUAUUUAUAAUGUAGGUAUUUAUUACUUUCGUAGAUAUUUGAAGGUAGAAAGGUGAAAAGUUAAUAAAUAAACUAAUCUAUCUUUAAUGUGCUAAGUUAUGAAAAUUCAGAUGCAAAAAAAUAAUAAUCAAAGUGCCACUAACAAAAUUAUGAAUCACUGCUGUAGUAGGUAUGUCGCGUGCAUUCUAUUGAAUGCACAAAUUAGCGGGAAAACAACUCGUUGAUUUGCAUUAUUAUUAGUAAACACUCAUUUCGCGCCGAUCUGCGCUUGUAAACAAAAACAAUUUUACGGAAAUCUUUAUCUCAACUCAAGUUGAGCGAUGCACGCAAAAAGUUGGCGGGAUUAGUGAUGGGACCGCUCUCGUUCAGGUAAAGAGAAAAUAAUAAAAAAAUGGCGGGGGUGGGUCUCAGGACAAUGACUAAUUGUUAUUUCUUAAAAGUGGGAUAGGGCCCAAGGCCGAUGUACUCUUUAAAAUUGUUUGGUCUCGUAUCCAGACUUCAGUCUAGUUUCGGGCACCGCAGUGGACACUUCCUCCUUAGUGACACUUGCUUAUAAUUAUCAUUGUGCUGUUUCGGUUUGUGAUUGUUUGUAAAUAACAGGGUGCUCUUCUCCUGUAGUGACUAAAUAUUUUGUGAUUUUUUUUGAAUUUUUGGUGUUAUUGAAUAACAGUGAAAUAUUUUCGUGAUUUGUGAACUUUGAAAAUAAUUAGUUAUUGAUUUUAUUUAUUCAAUAUCUAUCUACAACAAUUAUGAGACUGCGUGCGUUGUCCUCAUCGCGCGCAUCUUCCCUGUGAUAAGAGGGUCCUGUGAUAUCGACGAGUUCGACUUAGCUUUAAAAUUAGUUAGUGUUUAGAAAUAUAGAAUUAAAAAUGUCGCCACCGUUAGACUCAUUCGUUCAAUUUGACAUCUGGGAUGCCUUGGACGAAGACUCUGUUCGGUUGACACAGACUUCAGAAUUCUGGACUCAAGUUCAAUAUGAAGCAGAUGGAUUGGACAUACUCCCUCCAGCCAACUUUUCAGACCCGCUACAAGAAAGCGACGAAGACUGGAGGGUAAUGGAAACACAAGAGGAAGAAGAACCACACAAAGAAAAUAUUGUACACCAUGAUUGUAUGUGGGCUGGUUCUUGUGCAGAUUUAGUACAUCCAGGAAAUACAUUUGUCCCCAGCGAUCCGACCACAACACCAACCACACCAGGACAAAGUCUUCUUCGAAGAGAUAUGUCUCCAUCAAGACCUGAAACUCCCCCAUCAAUAGAUGGCGAUGAACCGCCACAGUUCCGUCAUUCGGUAGAUGUCGCUGGCACAGCUCUACGCCUCUUGAGAGACUCGGCUGUGGUAGCAGCCGACCACUCUUAUACCCUGGCCCGGCGGCACUUGGACUACCUCGGCGUGCAAACACCCUCUGACUCAUGUGAAUCAGAGGAGGAAAUAGACGUGGUCUCGCUUGGUACGCAGCAGCCGCUGCCUCCUUCGCAAUCUCACGUCCGUACGGACACUCUGCCACGCGUGCCCUCUGCGCAGGAGCGCCAGCACAUACAGCGCACCGUAGAGACUGCAAUCACGCCGCGCUCGCCGCGGCCUGCAGCCAGGAAGCGUCUAGUACCGCCGCCAAGUAUAGUGGCUGCGUCGUCUCGUCGCCGCGCCCGAGGUCCUGGCCGCCGUGGACGCCGCUCCAACACUGAUACUGACUCUGAAGCGGAAUCACCUGAGAUCGAACGCCGCUCCAUCCACAAUGACAUGGAGAGACUACGACGCAUUGGUCUCAAGAAUCUAUUUGAUGAACUCAAAAAACAGAUCCCGGCCACUAAAGACAAAGAGCGCGCGCCUAAAGUUGUCAUACUGCGAGAAGCGGCCGCGCUCUGCAAAAAACUUAACUAUGAAGACAUCGAGAGGGAAAAGCUGAGGAAGAAGCAACUCCAACUUGUGACUAAGUUGAAAAAACUACGCUCUGCGCUCUCAUCGCGCUACGGUCGAAACUGAGCGCGGCGCGCUACUGACUGGUAAUCAAUUUGUUCCAACCGAGGGACUGUACGUAGCCCACUCGACUGGACACUUAUGGACUGUCAACUUUUUAUGUAAGUCGCGCUUCUCAACGCUCUAGUGAACGUUAGGAACAGUUUAUCCACGAUGUGGUAGCACAUUUGCGACCCCGUCCGUUCGGCCGGUAACUCCCUUGCCGUUUGAUUGCAAAAAUGUUCUCAGUCGAGUCGGUGUUCGGGAGUUUGUUAUAUUUCAAAGAAAUUCAGCUUUUACGGCUUACUCUGCUUCUGGCAAGGUCUCGAGAGUAUAAUUAUGACACUAACCGCCAGGUUUGUUUUGCUCAAAACGAUAUUUUGCAGUGCCAAAGUGAGCCAUAAAACUGUUGUCAACGACAAAUCCUAGGUCUUCAGUAAAAUAUCUUAAUAGUUACAGACUGCUUCGUGAACUAGUAGACUGGUUUAUACCUCUAAAAUGUUUUUUGAAUUUAUCAUUAAAGUAUACAUAGUUGAAAUAGCACAUACAGAUUUACUCAGUGUUGACAGAUCGAAAAUGAUAUGACAUUUGUUAAAAUAUUGUUUCGAGACGUUGAUAUGAAGAUUUUUUACUGGACCUUCCAUUAAAUAGUUAAGUAUUUUAAAGGAGCAUGAAUUUGUCAGUGCUGUAAAUAUAAUGAGAACGUGCAGGUAGUUGAAAGCUUUGUCAAGGUGGUCAAGCGCUUGUGAGCAGACUGGAGAUGUACGGCCACUAUAUAUGUUUUCGGCCCGAUUCGCAGGAUUUUCAAUUUUAACCUUUGACUCGCAUGAGUUAGGUAUGUGAAGUGAUACAUCAAUUACUAUUACUUUUAAUUGCUUUAAGUAAACUAUUAUUUUAACUGCUUUAAGUAAAUUGCAUUUUAGGAUAGGCGAGCUUGUUUAAUUAGUUUAUUUUUGUUAUUUUGUAAAUUUUUAACACUUAUUGUUUUUUACGUUAGAAAUGCCCUAUUAACUCGGUACCAAUCUUCGUUAAUUUGGAAUCGUUUGAUAAAAUUUGGGUCGUUUUAAAUCGAUAAUGUUUUGUACAAUAAUAGAAUGAUUCACAUACAGCUUCCAUUAUGAGAUGAUUCAUACGAUUUUAUGUGUAAUGUAUAUGCAAUUUUAUAUCAUGAUAAACUACAUCGACGAUAGCAUGCGAUUGUGGUAACGGCUUUCUAAAGCGACUUUUUAAUAAGAAGUAACUACAUAGUGCCCUUUUGGGGCUUCUAUCCUUUUGAUAGCGUUUUAAAUGCGGACCAUUCGCGAAGAUUUUAUUUUCUUGAUGUUGAAAUUAGACCGUUCCUGUUCUUUGUUCACUAUCGCGUCUUGGUACGGAUUUAUGUUCACAAUGGUACUCAUUAAAAUACUCUGGCAGCCUUUAUACUUAUUACCACAUUGCUCUGGUACAUUCUCAUAGUAUAGUAUUUUCGAAGAUUUCUCCAUUAAUAAAUAUCACAGCAAUGAGCACGCUCCCCAAUUACAUGGGGCCUAUAACAGCCUCUCCUUUCGGGGAAUGAGCGGCUUAUUGUCAUGUUUCGUAAAUAUUUAACUUUGAUUUGUUAAAAUAGUUGUGGACAGACCAUUUGUACCUACGUGUGAACGGAACAGACACAUGAACUUGCUAUCCGACAGUGUAGUUUCCCUUCAUUUUACGAUCAUCGUACCUUAUUAUAAUUAUAAACAUUAUUAUAAUGUUAAGCCGUUUAGAAUAUUGAAAUCAAUAUUAAAUCAUUCACAUGUUGGGAUUACAAUAGAAACACCAUAUUUCAUAUGAUUUAUGACAUUAAGGUAAUAUGUUUUUAUGUAAAUUGUAUAAUCUCAGCGACAGUCAUCGAUUCGUAAGAAAUUAAUAGACUGUGUAUUUUGAUAAUAACAUCAAGUCUUAUAUACCAUAUAAUAUGACGGUCCGAAGAGGAUCGAUUAAAAAAAAUAACCAAGACAUAGUUCCUCAUAGUACCUACUAAUAGUAAAUUUUGCAUUUUUUUUCUUUAUAUUUUUUUAUUAAUGCAGGUAAGUUAGUAAAGUACUCGCAAUAGUUGGUUUUUACUGAAUAACACAACCUGAUCAGAAUAAUAAAGCGCCAAAAUUGUGCAGAAGUGAACUCGAGCCGGUGUUGAUUGUUUCGGUGUAGCCGCGACUUUAUUCUACUGGUCAGGUUGCCGAAGGUUGAUGUUUUAUCAAGCACAGGUCAGCGACGUGAGUGUGAAGGCUUUAAUUGUGUGAGGAAUGUGCCUUGCUAUGUUCAUGUAUAUAUAUAUAUUAGGUUUAUACUCGAAUUAGUUGCAAGACAUAUUUUUUGUGAACGAUGUCUACGAUUAGAAUAGCGCUGUUCUAGGUAGUGUACAUACACAGACAAGAGUUAUUGAUAUUAAAGAAGUUUAUCUUAUCUUCCACUAGGUGAUUAAUUGUACAUACAAUUGUAAUGGUAAUACUAAGUAUAAUUAUACUUUGAUCAAUCUUUUUUUACUAACGAGUCUUUUUCCUAGUAAUCGUUUAGUUUUCUUAACUGGAGAGUUACGGAUCCUCGAAUGUUGUACCUGCAUUUAUUUUUUUUUUGUUAAUUCAUAUCUUGACAUAAUUAAAUAAAGAUAAUAAUGGUUUUAGUUAUCCAAAAUGUAAUCGGUUGCUUUGGUGAUAUGACCAGUGUAAUUAGACACUUAAGAAAAAGUCAGUAGUUAAUUGUUAAUAGUAAGAAAUGACAGCUUUAUAAAAAUCGGAGACAGAAUGUAAGUGUUGACAAGUGUAGGACGAACACGUUAUUGUGAACACUAUUGUGACAAGGCACAUUUCCACCACUGCCAAAAUGGAAAGGAAUUAUUGAUAAGUUUAGGUCGAACUGUAUAUAGUUUAGGUCGGGUUAUAAAAUUAUAAGUCCUGUUAUAUGUAAAAGAUUUCCUUUUAUUCUUUGUGUAGUAUCCGUAUGUAAACACCUAGCCGCCGCCGGCAGCCCCCGAUGUAGUUAUUGUGACGAGAGGCCGCGAGCCGGCGGGGUGCGCGCGCGCCGCUACAGGGAAUGCAGGGCGCAACAUAGAUUCCGCCUAAUAUUAAUAUUGCACUCUGCAAUCUUUGAAGCGACGCUCUUAUGUCUAAGGACCUUUGUACUUAUACGACUAAUUUUUUGGGAUACUAUUGUAACACAGAGAUAGUUUUUUUUUGGUUUUGUUCCUUUAUGUGUAUGGAAACACUGAUACAUUGUAUUGCAUUGACUAUACAUAUUAAACGCUUACGUCGGAUCCGGAGAGAGCUUGGGAACAGUGGGCUAAUUAAUGUGAUUUUUAUACUUAUUCGCUGUAAUUUGGGAUAAAUAAAAUCAUUGUAUUGUAUAGUAUAGAUUCUGUGAUUAUGUACCUGUUGGGUACGUUUGGGUUUCCAUAGCCCUAUCUGGUCUGACUUAAUAAAAAAAAAACAUUUGA